AUGGCCAGACAGCAGUUCGACCGGUCGAAAAACCAUGUCAACGUGGGAACCAUUGGGCAUGUGGACCACGGCAAGACCACUUUGACUUCAGCCAUUACCAAGGUGCUUGCCGGCCGAGGCCAGGCCAAGUACCUGGACAUGGACUCCAUCGAUAACGCCCCCGAGGAAAAGGCCCGUGGCGUAACCAUCGCCAUCGCCCAUGUGGAGUACGAGACCGAGACUCGACACUACGCCCACGUGGACUGCCCAGGGCACGCCGACUACAUCAAGAACAUGAUCACCGGCGCGGCCCAGAUGGAUGGCGCUGUGCUGGUGGUGAGCGCACCCGACGGCCCGAUGCCGCAGACCCGUGAGCACAUUCUUCUGGCCCGCCAGGUGGAAGUGCCCCGCAUUCUGGUCGCCCUGAACAAGGUCGACAUGAUGGACGACGAGGAACUCCUGGAAUUGGUGGAGCUGGAAAUCAGGGACCUCCUCAAUCGCUACGACUUCCCCGGCGACGACACGCCGAUCGUCCGGGUCAGCGGACUCAAGGCCCUUGAGGGCGACCCGGAGUACGAACAGAGUGUCAUCAACUUAGUUGACGCCAUGGACGAGUGGAUUCCGAUCCCUCCGCGUGCCACUGAACUCCCCUUCCUGAUGCCCAUCGAAGACGUAUUCGGCAUAAAGGGCCGCGGUACCGUGGUGACGGGCCGUGUGGAGCGUGGCACCAUCAAGGUGGGCGAACCGGUGGAGAUCAUCCGGUUCGGGGACACCCGGGCCACCGUUGCCACCGGACUCGAGAUGUUCCACAAGCAGCUGGACGAGACGGUCGCUGGCGAUGCGGUGGGCGUCCUGCUGCGCGGCGUGGACCGCGACGAGGUUGAGCGUGGACAGGUGCUGGUGAAGCCCGGUUCCAUGCGGCCCUACACCAAGGCCAAGGCCGAAGUAUACGUGCUGAGCAGGGACGAGGGCGGACGCCAUACCCCCUUCUUCAGCGGUUACAAGCCACAGUUCUACAUCCGCACCAGCGACAUCACCGGCUCCAUAGGUCUUCCCGAGGGAGUGGAAAUGGUGAUGCCCGGCGACAACGUGCAGAUGGACAUUGAAUUGAUGUCCCCGGUGCCCUUGGAAAGCGGUAUGCGUUUUCGCCAUCCGGGAGGGCGGCCGCACCGUGGGGUCCGGCGUGAUAAUCGAGGUGAUGGACUAGCAUGGCAAGAAAGAACGCCGAUAUCCGACAGAUCAUCACCCUGCAGUGCGGCGACUGCCGGGAACGUAACUACACGUCCAUGA